CGUUUGUUGUUAUUUGUAUUUUUAUUGUUUUUUCUGGGAAAUUUCUGGGUUUUAUAAUGUUCGAUUUUGGAUGAUAUUGGGUUUAGGUAAAUUACAGAAUUGGUAAAGAAUAUUGAGUUCUUUCUACAAUGUGAAAACAACCUAAUUCUGUAAAAUGGGUUUGUUGGUUCUGUUUUGGGUUGAGUGAUGAAUGUUUUGAUUUGUCAUCUUCUUAAUUUCUUUCCUUUGUCGAUGGGCAUGGGCUAUGUACAUUUUAGGCUAUUUUAGUGGUAGACUCGAGGCCGAAUCGGCCCAACUAUAACGGGUUUGGGUAGAAUUUCUGGUCCGGAGAUAGGCCCAGCCUAGCUGACCACUUAGCCCUUCGGACCAGCUUUAUUUUGAGAAAGUCCGGCUCGACCUGUGAUCACCUCUGCCUUUUUAUUGUUACAUACGUAUUCGAGUUAUAUGUAUGUCAUGAUGUUAGUUAUUGACAGUGUUGAAAUUAAGGAAUUUCAAUACCACAUCAAUCAUGUGAAAGAUUGAUUUUGUCAGUGCUACUGUUGCAAGUUAUAUCCUUUUAUAUCCCUUUUUGUGGGAGUAGCAUUUUUUUUAGAAUUUAUUUUAUUUUAUUUUAUAGUUAUAUUAAUCUGGCAAUGUCUAUUUUUUAAUGUGCAGAAUGACCUUCAGAACAAUCCAACAAUGGAUGAAGCUUCUAAUAUUCAUGGGUGUAUUUCUGAAAACAGAAAGUUUAUAUGUUGGAAUUACAAAAGUCAGAAGUGCAGUGGCUAAAGGAGCUGUUUGUUUAGAUGGUAGUGCCCCUGCAUACCACCUACAUAGAGGACAUGGAACUGGUGUUAAUAAUUGGUUGGUUCAUGUUGAGGGAGGAGGUUGGUGUAACAAUAUCACAACAUGCCUCGAACGAAAGUACUCUCAUUUGGGUUCAUCCUGGAAAAUGGAAAAGCAGCUUGCAUUUUCUGGAAUUUUGGGCAAUAAUCCAAUGUUUAAUCCAGAUUUUUAUAAUUGGAACAGAGUUAAAAUUCGAUACUGUGAUGGUGCCUCAUUUACAGGAGACGUUGAAGCUGUCAAUUCUAUUACUAAGCUUCACUUUCGCGGAGCUAGAAUUUGGCAUGCUGUUAUUGAGGAUUUAUUACUGAAGGGAAUGAAAAAUGCUAAAAAUGCUAUUCUUUCUGGGUGUUCAGCUGGUGGAUUGACUUCCAUUUUACAUUGUGAUAGCUUUCGAGCUCAUCUCCCUGUGAGUGCUAGGGUAAAGUGCCUCUCAGAUGCUGGCUAUUUUAUCAAUGUAAAAGACGUCUCCGGAGCAUCACAUAUUGCUUCUUAUUUUGAUCAGAUAGUCAAAUUACAUGGCUCAGCAAGGACUUUGCCUGCAUCUUGCACCAGGACUUUAAGACCUGAUUUGUGCUUCUUCCCACAAUACAUGGCAAAAAAGAUCAAGACACCACUCUUUAUACUAAAUGCAGCAUAUGAUAGAUGGCAGAUAAAGAACAUUUUGGCACCCGUUGUAGCCGAUCCUCAAGGCUUCUGGUCUGACUGCAAGAUUGACAUAAAGAAUUGCUCAACUAAUCAGCUUACUGUCAUGCAAGAUUUUAGGUCCGAGUUCUUAACUGCUCUGAGUAAACUGGGAAAGUCACCAUCUAGAGGAUUGUUCAUAAAUUCGUGUUACGCCCACUGCCAGACAGAAUUGCAGGAAACAUGGUUUAGUCAUGACUCCCCAGUUUUGCACAAAACGAGAAUAGCAAAGGCAGUUGCAGACUGGUUUUACGACAGGAGACAGCUUCAGAUGAUAGACUGCCCAUACCCUUGUGAUCAUAGUUGCCAUGACCGGAUUUUUGAGCCAGACGAACCACAUCAUCACCAUCAUUAUCAACAACAACAACAAAAAGAGAAAUUACCUAAAGAAGGAUGUAAUGUUUGGCUCUGAUCUCGCCAUCAAAGGUAAAGCACUUGCCACCAACAAGAGUGACGAGCACCUCUUCAGGAGAGGUACGUUGGACUCUGAAUAGAAAGAACUGAAGAUUGGUCUUGAGUGGUUGAUUUACAGGAGUUGGCCAAGCACAAAACAUUGUUGCCCAAAUGAAGCAUGCUAAGGAAUUCAGCAAUGCAAUAGGGGGCAGGAAAAUACUCAGAGUACGCAACCUUCAAACAAGUUUUGCUGGACAGAUCAUAGGCAGAAAGGCAAUCAGGUUUUUUCUGCCUAUGAAAGUAAAUAACAUCGUCGAGCAAGGUCGUGGGCCUGAGACCAGGGCCAGAAAUCAUGUGCGAGACAAUCCCAAGUAGCAGUAGCAGGAUAAAAAGCAAAGAGGGCAGAAAUACACUUGACAUGCAUUACAAGCCUAUGAUGCUAGGUAGUCCACAGCACGCUGAAGAGGUUAAUGCCUUUCGGAGGAUGGUAGGAAUGGCAAGUCCUUCCACUCUCCAACUUGAGGAUCAAACACCUGUACAAGGAGGCCUAUAUCAGAAUGUGUAAAGGUAUAUAUAUUCUACCGUCGAAUAUGGAGCAAAGCGAGGAUGCAGCAAACGAGGAGCAGCUUGAAACCUAGUAGACUUUACAACCAAUCCGCCUUUACGAGCAACAGCAUUAGCAUCAGUAUCAGGAUCAAUAUCAGUUGUUUGUAUAUUACCGUCCUGUGGUAUGAUCAGCUCAGCACAGGAUGCGCCCAAGUGAAUGUGGUGAUCGCCAACAAUAAACUUAGGAAUGAUCCUACUUUCUAAAGACUGCCCGCCAACAACAUAGAUCUUGGAUCCUAAACAAACAGUGUAAGCACCUUGAUUCAACAAAACGGCAACAGGGUUUUUUGUUAUUUUCUCUGUUUCCAGAUCCAAUACAUAAAAUUCUGAUUUCCUUCCUAACA